CGGUUUCCUUUAAAUCUUUAAUGCCUAUUUCUGCCUUGCUGGCUUGCUGUGAUUGUGAAUGCUCAAUACUGUCUUUCAUAAUUUCAAUUUCAUUGCUGUCGAUUGUCUAAUACUCAAAAUUGUCUAAUUGGAAUUUGUGAAUAUUGUUGAAAUUGUCUAAUUGUGAUUGGAAUUAUGUUGGGUUAAACAAUAAUUGAAGAAGACCUCUUAUUGUUGGAAUUAUUCCUCUUAAUAUUUCCUUAAUUUUAAAGCAAAAAAUUAAAUUGCAUAGAGCAAGAGGAUUUGUAAAGGAUUACAAGGCUCAUUUAAAAUUUACAUAGAAGCUAAAAAUCCCAUGAACAUAGAAAAAUCCCUACUUAAAGAAACUAACUAAAACAUAGCUCUUGCAAAAGGGCAAAAAAAAAAAAAAAAGAUCAAAUUCAGCCCCACCCAAAUCCAUUACAAAAGUCCAGUGUCCAUUUGUGUUUCCUACCUUCCCUUGUUCAAAGAAGAGAAUACUGCAAUGAGUACAAGUGAAUCACCGGUGCCAUCAUCGUCACCGGCGCCGGUGCGACGGCGGGAGAGUCCAUGGGGCGUUUCAGAGGGCGAUCACCGCCAACCCAAGCCCCACCGCUGCAACGACCGAGCCGAAGAUGUAAUUCAGGCUUGUUUUGAAGGAAACCCAUUCAAGACUGUUCCAGGCCCUUUCAAGCUUUUCUAUCGAUGCAUGCGCUCAAAACCUGGGGAGGAGCCAACAGAGCCUUUCUACUACUUGGAGCUAGAUCCACCAAGGAGAGAAGUACAACUUGAGUGAAAUUUUUAGUAAAUUUCUCAAAAAGGGGUAUUAUUUUGGGUUUUCCCUGAUAUCUGAACUCGGAGUGUUAUGAAUGAUGACCAUAUAUGCAUCAUACACUAGGAUUGCUCUCCUUGUUAUAAAUGAAGAAAUACCACUUCAUAUCAUUUCCUUUUUGUUUGUUCUUUGAAAUUUUGGUUUGGGUUACCUUGUUAAUCUACACAACUUGCCUUGUGAUCACUCGUUAAUAAUAUCAUGUACACAGAUUCAUUCUGUUGCUA